AUGGAUCCCUUCACAGUGCCCGUGCCUGGAGGGCCACCUCUUGCCGAAGGCUUCGUGGAGGCGUUCCUGCGCUUGGGCGACCUUCUCGCCUCCGGAAGCUUCUGGCGCAAGGUGGCAGACAAGCCGACGGGAUUGGCAUACCUGGCGGACGUGAUGAUGCUAGGACAGGUCUCGGAAGCCGCACGCAUCCGUCGAGCGUGCCUGCGGCGGCUAGCGGUCAGGAGUGCUUCCUACGAAGCCGGGCGCAGGCUGGUGCUACAGGACCUCUUCCUGAAAGAGGUGUUCCAGGGCACCGCCGGCUGCUACCUGCCCUACAUGGAGGCCGCUCCCGACGAUCCGCGAGUACGGACGUUGCUACAGUGGUGUGGCGUGGCCACGGAGAUGGACCAGGCAAGCCUCAUGAAGGCGCUGCGGUUCGUGAGAGACACGCAGGUCGAAGAUCUUGGCUUGGUCUCAGAACCUUGGAUGCCUUUGGGCCCUAGCUCGCAAUCUGCGAAGAUGCGUUGA